GUGUACACCUUCUCCUUCCUCGUAUACAGUCUCUAAAAAAAGAAAAAAUCACAGUUUGAGAAGAAAAAAAAACGAAAAUGGAGAAACGAACUUUCCUCUCCCUCCUCUUGCAUUUCGUCGUCUUCAUCGCUUGUACCUAUCCGUCUUCCUCUAUCCUCUUGAACGAUCGGAGCUUCGAGAUAUCGAACUUGCCUUCAUCGCGCGCGGAGAAGCUGAUCCGCGAGCUUAACCUUUUCCCGAAGCUCGACGUGAACGUGAUCGAUGUCGGUGAUUCGCCUCUCGCUUCCUCGGAGGAGGUGCCUUCGAUUGUCGAACGGAGCUUCAGAUUCCCGAAUAUUGUAUCCCAUAGCGACGACGGCGCUUCCGUCGAGGAUUUAGGUCAUCGUGCUGGCUAUUACAAGCUUCCGAAAUCUCAAGGCGCAAGGAUGUUCUACUUCUUCUUUGAGUCGCGCAAGAAGAAGAAGGAUGCUCCUGUUGUGAUUUGGUUGACCGGAGGGCCUGGAUGUAGCAGUGAACUGGCUAUGUUCUAUGAGAACGGCCCUUUCAAGAUCGAUAAGAACAUGUCUCUUGUUUGGAAUGAGUAUGGAUGGGAUCAGGUUUCCAAUCUCCUGUAUGUUGACCAGCCUGUUGGAACUGGCUUCAGCUACACCACAGACAAAAGUGACAUCCGUCAUGACGAAAAGGGUGUUAGCGAUGAUCUGUAUGAUUUUCUGCAGGCUUUCUUUGCGGAGCACCCUAAGCUGACAGACAACGACUUUUACAUAACUGGAGAGUCAUAUGCUGGGCAUUACAUUCCGGCUUUUGCUGCCCGAGUCCAUAAAGGAAACAAGGCUAAGGAGGGGCUUCAUAUUAACCUUAAGGGAUUCGCCAUUGGAAAUGGGCUUACAAAUCCUGCACUCCAGUACCCAGCUUAUCCUGACUAUGCUUUGGAAAUGGGUUUAAUUACGCAAUCAGAGCAUGAUCGUUUAAAAAAGAUUGUCCCACUCUGUGAACUAUCAAUUAAGCUUUGCGGAACUGAUGGAACAGUUUCUUGCUUGGCAUCAUAUCUUGUUUGCAACACGUUGUUCAGUGGUGUAAUAAAUCAUGCUGGUGGAGUAAAUUAUUACGACAUCAGGAAGAAGUGCGAGGGGAGUUUGUGCUAUGACUUCUCAGACAUGGAGAAAUUCUUGAAUCUGCAAUCCGUGAGAAAGUCGCUUGGUGUUGGGGACAUAGAGUUUGUCUCGUGUAGUACUAGUGUCUAUCAGGCAAUGCUACAGGAUUGGAUGAGGAAUCUCGAGGUUGGUAUUCCCACCCUCUUGGAAGAUGGAAUCAACCUUCUUGUGUAUGCUGGAGAGUAUGAUCUCAUCUGCAACUGGCUCGGUAACUCGAGGUGGGUGAAUGCAAUGGAGUGGUCAGGACAAGAGAACUUUAAGGCGACUAAUGAAGUUCCCUUUGUGGUUGAUGGUAAAGAAGCAGGGAAGUUAAAGAGUUAUGGACAACUUAGUUUCCUCAAGGUGCACGAUGCGGGACACAUGGUUCCAAUGGACCAGCCAGAAGCUGCGUUGAAAAUGUUGAAGAGAUGGAUGGAGAAUUCGCUUAGUGGAGGAGAUGAUGAUGAUGUGGCGACUACUAUUACAGAAGGAGAUGAUCUGGUUGCUCAGAUGUGAUCUCAUCUUCUUUCCAAUUGCAGGAAAACAUAAAUAGCAGCAAACAUUGUGGACUGUGUUGUGUACACGCUUGAAAGUUUACUUCUUUAAUUUGAUCUCAAAAGAUAAUUAUA